CGCGAAAGUGACCAGCCUCUCUGGCUGGUUUGAAAAAUAUUACAGGAGAAGACGAAACGAAGCGGUCGGAGAGGCAGGUACUAGGUAGGCCACUGCGGAGAGUUGGCAUUAGCAAUUUGUUUGAAGUUUGAUUUCACUUUCAGCUCCCGCGGGAAAAGAAUGGACUAUCUAUCCUUGAUUUGACCAACUGAAUUCUGGACUUUCUCUUCCCCCUUUAAAUGCAGAAAUCUUUGACACUCUACCAAAUUUCCUCUCUUUCCGCAAUUCUUUCUUUCCUUUUCAUUUUUUUUCUAAUACAGAAGCGAAGAAACACGUUGCCAAGUAAAAUCUCCUCUGAAUCUGUCCUUUCUUUUGCCUAUAAACUCUGAAACCUUGUCUUCGUAUUGGUCCAAUAGUGGAAGGACUAUAUAGGGCGGCUCGCUCUGUGUGAGCGAGUUACACUUGCCGGAAGGAGUACUUUUCCGGCAGUGAUUUACGCAUUGGUUUUAAUUGGCAGUGAUUUGAAUCUUUGUUCAGAGAAUAACAAUUCUUUUAUUCUAAUUCUUGUAUCAUCAUAAAAGACAGAGCAGAGUUUCUCGACCUGAAGCUUCCCCAGGGAUACGCUGGUUCAUUUUUCUUUAACGAGUUGGCGCAUAUAACAUCUCGGUAGGAUCACUUGCCGGCAGGGGUUCCGAACGCUGUGAAGUCAGACAAUUGUCAUCUCGGAUGCAAAUACUUGUUAUUUGACUAUACCUGGGAGCUAAAGUAAAUUUUCAGGUGGUUCUGGUAGUUGAUUAGCACUUCCGGCAGAUAUUUUUCUGUGAAACAACGGCUUGAACAAGUGUAGGAAAAAGCUUAACGAUGGCAUCGGCCUUGGUCGGUGAUGAUCUAGCGAGGUCGAGGAGUAGUCGGAGGAAUUGGGCCUCGGCGAGCAUUCGGGAGGUCUUGAAUACUCCACCGGAUGCUUUUCAGCGGAGUGGGAGGCAGGUAGACGAUGAAGAGGAGCUGAAAUGGGCUGCAAUCGAGAGGCUCCCGACGUACGAUCGUAUGAGGAGGGGGAUGCUGAGGCAGGUCCUGGAUAAUGGAAAGGUUGUUCAGAAUGAGGUUGAUGUUACCAAGCUCGGUGUUCAGGACAAGAAGCAGCUCAUGGAGAGCAUCCUCAGGGUUGUUGAAGACGAUAACGAGAAGUUCCUUCUCAGGCUUAGAAACCGGACAGACAGGGUUGGAAUUGAGAUUCCGAAGAUUGAAGUCAGGUUCGAGCAUUUAUCAGUGGAGGGUGACGCUUACGUUGGCACCAGGGCUCUCCCGACUCUAAUAAAUUCUACACUAAAUACAAUUGAGGGAGCUCUAGGACUUAUUCGGCUUUCUCCAUCGAAGAAGAGAGUUGUUAACAUACUCCAAGACUUGAGUGGAAUAGUGAGACCAUCUAGGAUGACACUGCUUCUGGGACCUCCAGGCUCAGGAAAAACAACAUUGUUGCAAGCCCUUGCAGGGAAGCUUGAUAAGGAUCUGAGGGUAACCGGGAAAAUUACUUAUUGUGGUCAUGAAUUGAAAGAAUUUGUCCCUCAGAGAACCUGUGCUUACAUUAGCCAGCAUGAUCUUCACUAUGGCGAGAUGACAGUUAGAGAGACUUUGGAUUUCUCAGGACGUUGCUUGGGUGUUGGAACCAGAUAUGAUAUGUUGGCAGAAUUGUCAAGACGAGAGAAAGAAUCAGGAAUUAAACCAGAUCCUGAGAUUGAUGCAUUCAUGAAAGCAACUGCAAUGGCAGGGCAGGAAACAAGUCUGGUUACAGAUUAUGUUCUCAAGAUACUUGGAUUGGAUAUCUGUGCGGAUAUUCUCGUUGGUGAUGAUAUGAGAAGGGGUAUCUCUGGUGGACAAAAGAAGCGUGUGACUACUGGAGAGAUGUUGGUUGGACCAGCAAAAGCUCUUUUCAUGGAUGAGAUAUCAACCGGACUUGACAGUUCCACAACUUUUCAGAUUGUCAAGUUCAUGAGACAGAUGGUUCAUAUUAUGGAAGUAACCAUGGUAAUAUCUCUUCUGCAGCCUGCACCUGAGACUUAUGACCUUUUCGAUGACAUUAUCCUACUUUCAGAGGGUCAGAUUGUUUACCAAGGUCCACGUGAAAAUGUCCUUGAAUUCUUUGAACUUAUAGGUUUCAAAUGUCCUGAAAGGAAAGGAGUUGCAGAUUUUUUGCAAGAAGUAACUUCAAAGAAGGACCAAGAGCAGUACUGGUUUAGAAAGAAUCAACCAUACAGAUAUGUUUCAGUGUCUGAAUUUGCACAAGCCUUCAACUCUUUCCUAAUUGGACAACAAUUGUCAUUAGAUCUCCGAGUUCCUUAUGAUAAAGCCAGAGCUCAUCCUGCUGCAUUGGUAAAAGAAAAAUACGGCAUCUCCAACUGGGAACUUUUCAGGGCAUGUUUCUCAAGGGAGUGGUUACUGAUGAAGCGCAAUUCCUUUGUAUACAUUUUCAAAACUACCCAGAUAACAAUCAUGUCAAUAAUUGCCUUGACUGUGUUCCUGAGGACAGAAAUGAAGCAUGGUCAAAUAAAAGAUGGAGGAAAAUAUUACGGGGCACUGUUUUUCAGUUUGAUUAAUGUGAUGUUUAAUGGAAUGGCAGAGCUUGCAAUGACUGUCUUCAGGCUCCCUGUAUUYUUUAAACAGAGAGAUCACUUAUUCUACCCUGCAUGGGCUUUUGGGCUACCAAUUUGGCUCCUCAGGAUUCCCCUCUCUCUGAUGRAAUCAGGAAUAUGGAUCAUUCUUACAUAUUACACUAUUGGGUUUGCUCCUGCUGCCAGCAGGUUUUUCCGACAGUUCUUGGCAUUCUUUGGUGUACAUCAGAUGGCUCUCUCUCUCUUCCGGUUCAUUGCAGCAGUUGGAAGAACACAGGUAGUUGCAAAUACAUUAGGUACCUUCACCUUGCUGCUGGUGUUUGUGCUUGGAGGAUUCAUUGUUGCCAAAGAUGACAUUGAACCAUGGAUGAUAUGGGGCUAUUAUGUCUCUCCAAUGAUGUAUGGACAGAAUGCAAUAGCAAUAAAUGAAUUUCUUGAUGACAGAUGGAGCACGCCCAACACUGACACCCAAAUUCGUCAACCCACAGUUGGAAAGGUUCUUCUAAAGUCCAGAGGCAUGUUUAUAGAUGACUAUUGGUUUUGGAUUUGUAUUGGGGCACUCGUCGGGUUCUCUCUACUAUUCAAUAUUUGUUUCAUUGCAGCACUGACAUAUUUAAAUCCUCUUGGAGAUUCUAAAGCUGUAAUUUUGGAUGACGAUGCUCAGAAGAAGAGGAAUGGGGAACAUACAUCGAGGACUACAAAUAUAACAUCUGAAGGUAUUGAUAUGGUUGUGAGGAAUACUCGAGAGAGUGUUGCAGACCAUGCACCUAGAAGAGGAAUGGUGUUGCCUUUCCAGCCCCUUUCACUUGCAUUCAAUCAUGUGAACUACAAUGUUGAUAUGCCUGAUGAAAUGAAGAGUCAAGGAAUUGAAGAAAGCCGUCUCCAAUUGCUAAGAGAUGUUAGUGGUGCGUUUAGACCAGGUAUUCUGACUGCAUUAGUUGGUGUCAGUGGUGCUGGAAAGACCACCUUGAUGGAUGUGCUAGCAGGAAGGAAGACUGGUGGAUACAUUGAAGGAAGUAUUAGUAUUUCUGGUUACCCAAAGAACCAGGAGACAUUUGCUCGAGUUAGUGGCUACUGUGAACAGAAUGAUAUCCAUUCACCACAUGUAACUGUUUAUGAAUCUCUUUUGUACUCAGCAUGGCUGCGUCUUGCUCCAGAUGUAAAGAAGGAAACACGAAAGAUGUUUGUUGAUGAAGUUAUGGAAUUGGUUGAGCUUAAUCCAUUGAGGAACGCACUAGUCGGCCUUCCAGGUGUAGAUGGCCUUUCAACAGAACAGAGAAAGAGGCUGACAAUAGCUGUGGAAUUGGUUGCUAAUCCAUCAAUCAUCUUCAUGGAUGAGCCAACAUCAGGCCUUGAUGCUAGAGCUGCUGCUAUUGUUAUGCGGACAGUGAGAAAUACAGUGGAUACAGGACGAACUGUUGUUUGCACUAUUCACCAACCAAGCAUAGACAUUUUUGAAGCUUUUGAUGAGCUACUGUUGAUGAAGAGAGGAGGACAAGUCAUUUAUGCUGGAUCACUUGGUCGGCAUUCUCAUGAUCUUAUUGAAUAUUUUGAAGCUGUCCCAGGGGUUCCCAAGAUCAAAGAUGGUUACAAUCCUGCUACGUGGAUGCUGGAAGUAACUACUACUUCUUUUGAGGCUCAACUUAAUGUGGAUUUUGCAGAAGUUUAUGCCAAUUCUGCCCUGUAUCAGAGGAAUCAGGAACUCAUCAAAGAGUUAAGCACCCCAGCACCAGGUUCAAAGGAUCUUCAUUUCCCUACAAAAUACUCGCAAACAUUUGCUACUCAAUGCAAGGCUUGUUUUUGGAAACAGUACUGGUCUUACUGGAGGAACCCACAGUACAAUGCCAUCCGAUUUUUCAUGACAAUAGUCAUUGGCGUUAUGUUUGGGGUCAUAUUUUGGAACAAAGGAGACAAGACGGAUAAACAGCAAGACCUGCUGAAUCUUCUGGGAGCUAUGUAUGCUGCUGUUCUUUUCCUUGGAGCAACCAAUGCCUCUGCAGUGCAGUCUGUUGUGGCAAUAGAGAGAACAGUUUUCUACCGUGAAAGAGCAGCAGGAAUGUACUCAGAAUUGCCUUAUGCAUUUGCUCAGGUGGCCGUUGAGACAAUUUAUGUUGCCAUACAGACCUUCAUUUACUCUCUUCUCCUUUACUCGAUGAUUGGGUUCCAGUGGCAUUUGGACAAAUUCUUAUUGUUUUAUUACUUCAUAUUGAUGUGCUUCAUCUACUUCGCAAUGUAUGGAAUGAUGGUGGUAGCACUGACCCCGGGCCACCAAAUUGCUGCCAUUGUUAUGUCCUUUUUCCUCAGCUUCUGGAACUUGUUCUCUGGUUUCCUCAUUCCUAGACCGCAAAUUCCCAUAUGGUGGAGAUGGUACUACUGGGCUUCUCCGAUUGCUUGGACGCUCUAUGGUCUUGUAGUCUCUCAGGUUGGAGACAAAGAUUCCCGUAUUGAGGUACCCGGAGAGGGUUUCACCACAGUGAAGGCGUUCCUGAAGUCUUACCUGGGCUUUGAGCAUGACUUCCUUGGCGCUGUUGUGGCAGCACAUAUUGGCUUUGUCCUGCUCUUCUUCUUUGUCUUUGCUUAUGGCAUCAAGUUCCUGAAUUUCCAAAGGAGAUAACGAGGUUUAGUACAGAAAGAGAUUCUUUUUCUUUCGCUACCAAUCUGUUGUAAAAAUACACCAUGAGAGGAAAUAUAAAAUAGUUGUUACCUCUCUUUUUUUUUAUAUAUUUUUCCCUUUAAUUUUGCAUGAUUUUCAUUUGUUUUCCUUUGCCUGUUGAUGUAUUAUUAUGAUAUAUAAUUCUUUUGUCUUAGCAGUCUUCCAUAAAAGCUGCAAACUAUAUCUUGCGACUCUCAUCUAUGUAAUAGAAACUUAAAGAAAUUUAUAAAAUGCUCUUA